AUGUCCGUGGCAGAGACUCAAGAGAAUUCGAGCGAAGUGUCCCAACUAAGCACCAGCGAGGAGGUUGGUAGCCAGGAAGACCAACCAACCCUUGUACAUCCCUGGCCGUACCUGGAAGAAUUUUUCGAAAUGGUUGGAUGCAAAAACAACUCCUUUCGAAUGCGCUGCAAGCUCUGCGCACCCAAGUACCACGAGCUAAUGGCUUUCAAAAACUCGCCGUCUAAUUUGAAAAAGCAUAUUGAGAAGAAACACCCCACUCGUCUAGAGAGAUACACGCAACUUACUUCAGCAUCCCUCAAAAGGAAGUCAUCCACUGAAGGUUCUUUGGCCCCACCCUCCAAACAAACCAAGCUGUGGGAGACUCAAAGAGUGUCCCAGGCAAGUGUGGAUAAAGUUGUCCUCAAGUUCAUUGUCCAAGGCUUGCACCCGCCACACGUUGUCCAGCAACAGGGCUUCAUUGAUCUUGUGCAACAUCUUCGGCCAAAUACAAAUGUCAUGACACGCAAUACUGUUGUAAACAAAGUCACAAAGGCCUCUAUUGAAAUGAGAAGAAAACUGAAAGCUGCCCUUAGUGAAAUUGAGUUCAUAGCAACAACAACAGACUGCUGGACAGCACACCGUCACAGUUUCAUUGGUGUCACUGCACACUGGUUUAACCCCCAGACCUUGCAGAGAUCUUGUGCUGCCCUGGCAUGCAAGCAACUUAAAGGAUCACAUACCUUUUCUGCCCUGGCUGGUGCCCUUAAUGAUAUUCACACAGAAUUCAAUAUCAGAGAGAAGAUCGUUCGCACUACAACUGACAAUGGAUCAAACUUCCUGAAAGCCUUCAGAAUUUAUGGGCAGACUGAUGAGAACAACAAUCCUGAACCUGUAGGAGAGAGUGAUGGAGAAGAGGAUGAUGGUGGCCAAAAUGACGAUGACGAUGAAGAGGAAAGCGUUGAGGGUGUUGAAUUUGUUGAUGCCGGAGCCCUGUUGGAUGAGGAUGACUACUUGGAAUACCAGCUACCUAAGCACCAUCGCUGCGCCUGCCACCUUCUCAAUUUAGUGUCCACAGUUGAUGCUUUGAAAGCAGAGGUCAACCCAUUGUACAAGCGUGUGUCAAGGUCUACAUUUGCCAAAUGCUCUAGCCUGUGGAACAAAAGUUCAAGAUCAACCACUGCAUCUGAAGUAAUUGAAGACCACUGCAAACUCCAAUUCUUAAGGCCUGUUGCUACAAGGUGGAAUUCACUCUUCUCAGCCGUAGAAAGAAUAGUGAGACUAACAAGAGAACAAGGCGAAGGAGCCCUUGCAGCUGUCUGCAGUGAACUAGAUACACCCAAGUUUACUCCAGUGGAACUUGCAUUUCUUGCAGAAUAUGCGAAGACAAUGAGCCCAGUUGCAAAGGCACUUGAUGUUCUUCAAGGUGAAACCAGUGUGCAGAUGGGAUGGUUGGUCCCCACCAUAACUCUACUAAGGACCAAGCUCCAGCAACUUAACAUUGCCUCCAAGUUCUGUGAGCCUUUGAUUGCUGCACUUCUUUCAGGCCUUGAAAAACGCUUCGGAGAGAUGCUUACAGAUCCAGAGCUGAUAGCCGCAGCCAUUUUAGUUCCCAAAUUUAAGACCUGCUGGACAAGUGACGAAAAUAUCUUCAAACUUGGCCUUGACUAUAUCAGAAACCACUUGGACUGUCAGGCCGAGAAUCACAUCAGUGAGGGCUCCCAAUCAUCUGAGGAAGAGGACUUCUUUUCCUCCUUGAAGAAGACCAGCCCUCUUGAAACGACCCAGCAGUUGGAUGCGUACCUGGGGUGCCCAAGAGACACAGUAGAGUUUCACAAAAAAGAUUGA